AUGUCCACCAUAGCAUCGCCGCGACCAAGCUCGUCCAUACGCAGCCCCUCCUCCACUCGCGCCUCCUUCGAAUCUUCCGCUAGACCACCUUCGACCACGCGCCGCAACCGGGCCGCGCUGCGCGACUACUAUGGCCUCAAAGCUGCGAAAGACAACGAAGCGAAGAUAUCGGAAGAAUCGACCAGGACCGAGCUUGCCCACGAAGACGACGAGACUCUGACCGAGCUCGAUGCUACCGACUUCGACGCCGACGCAUACGUGAAUACCCUGUUAGCGAAGGAAGGCCUGAAGGGUGUGCUCAGAGUGGAAGCAGACCUGGUGUCGCAAAUACGAAAUCUCGACAGCGACCGCAAGUCUCUCGUCUACGAUAACUACUCUAAGCUGCUCUCCGCGACCAGUACCAUCCGCCGCAUGCGCGGAAACAUGGACCCUCUCGCACCUACCACACACACUCUCGGUCCGGCCAUAGCACAUAUUGCUGAGACCGCCGCCUCGCUCUCAUCUUCGAUGCAGGCACUGCCCGCAAAACCGCAGGGCUUAGGGAUAGACAUACAGGUCGAGGGCGAAGACAAGGGCAGAGUGGGAGUGGCUACGAAGCAGAAGCAGAAAGACACCGUGCGCUGGGUCCUGGAUACGCCAAGGCGACUACAAGAAAUGAUCGACCAGGAGCAGGACGAAGAGGCGGAGAAGGAGUGGGAAGAUAUCAGCCAGAUAUUGGACAAGUGGGAUGGCGUCCCGGGCGUACCAGAGCUGAGGCAAAGAUGUGAGGCAAUCAUGCAAGUGGAAGAAUCGGAGUGAUGCAGCAGUGUCUUGAAAGUGAAGGCAGACAUGCGAAGACUAUAAGACCCGGCGACAUUCAGGUGAUAUACCUUCGUUACGCAUAUAUCGUAUCGCAAGCGACGAACACACGCUGUAAAUCAUGUAACGACACCACCGUGUCGAGACCGUUAGAACGCUGUAUGGAUCCAGCCACGGCAUGAGGAGAACAUUGUUCACCCGGUGGAAUCCGGGCAGCCUUGUGUCUUGACACCAUCUCGAUUUCGCGGUGUGAGCUGCCUGCUGGGUGCGACAGGUGGUCCU